AACAAAUAUUUACUCCAUACCAUCUUCUUAUUUGUUUACGUUUAAAAAAUUUUUCUUAAAAAAAAAAGAAAAAGAAAUUUCUUAAAAAAAUAAAACAUUAUUUGAACUACUAUACGAAAAUAAUCGAUCGUAAAAAUGAGUAAAAUUUCACAAUCCAAUAAUAAAGAAAAUGUGUUUAACAGCGUAUAUCAUAGGAAAGAGUAUCGUAAGAAAAUUAGCAAAUCAGCGCCGAAAUGUAUAUCAAGACAAAUUUUUAAUCGAUGUGACAAUAAAAUAAUAAUUUUUUCUAUUUCUGAAUUUGAAAUUGUUAUUUCAAUCAAUUUCAGCUAUAGAAAUCAGUACUAUCUGAAUUUAAAUCAUCAUGAUCCCUUUCGGAACUUCAAUGAAAAUGAAUUGAUUCAUAAAUCCCAGAAACAUAUAUACCAAAACAAUUCAAGUAUUAAUGUAUCAUAUAGUUUGGUUGAAAAUUAUCGCCAUGAAAAUAAUGUGUAUUGUGAAAAAAAUCAGCCUCGAAAACACCUUAAUAAGAGGCGUCCUGAGGAUAAAGUCAGGAAUUCAAGUCAGAAAAAGAAUUUAAGUAACUCAAGAAAAGUUGCAUCCCAAAAAUAUCAUGUAAAACAAGAACAUCAGAAAUUUAAUCUUCUCCUUCCAUCUUCUAACAAUGUUCCUUCAUAUACUCCUAGCAGUCCGCCCCAAAGUUAUCAUAUAAAACAAGAACAUCAAGAAUUCAUUCUUCCCCUUCCAUCUUCUGACAAUGUUCCUUCAUAUACUCCUAGCAGUCCACCCCAAAAUUAUCAUAUAAAACAAGAACAUCAAAAAUUCAUUCUUCCCCUUCCAUCUUCUGAUAAUGUUCCUUUAUAUAGCCAAAAUGGUUCUUCUUCAAGAAUUCCUAUUGAAUCUCUUUUAAAUGAGUUUAAUUGUUUUCCAGGGAUAGAUGAAGUAGCUAAGGAAUAUUGUUCUACUGUUUAAAUUCGCGUAAGUGAUGUAAAUACUAUCUACCUUAUUGAUUGAUUCACUAAGGAAGUUGUACAUAUAGAAUCUAAAAAUAGAAAAUUGAUAAAAAUUCCCAUACAUGGAUUUCGAUUUAAAGAAAU